UGUGUUGCAACUUGCCGCUGCCACCCACCGUGGCCAAGUCUGUACUUAACGUGCUACUUCCAUGAUCCUAUAGAUUUCUUUUUGUCUACAAACAACUACUACCCUCCAUUCCCUAACAAGCUAUGCCCGCCCUUGAUAUUGCUACCCGUACCUUCCAUUUCAUACGCGAUGAAUCGUCAUCUGAAGCCGCUUCUCUGCAUGGACAAAAGGCCAAAACACCCAUUAUUGCAGGCAGUAUCUGCGGCGGUCUUAUGGGUAUAGCUUGGAUCAUUGGUUUCACCGUAUAUUUCAUAAAAAGGUCAAAGAAAAAGAAAGAGAAACGUGCUGUAGAGGCCGGUCUUGCUGCCCCUAAAGUCCACAAGAAGCCAAAGGAGCCAGAAGAACCGAUUGUCAUACCCCCUGACCCUGCGGUCCUCAUCGGAAUACGGAAGCCAGGCGAGCACGCUUUCCCCGAGCGGGAGAAAUCCUCAGAAUUAGAGCGUUUAAACCCGGCUCACUCUCGUUCUGAUGUUGCAGUUGUGGCUCAGGAUCGGCCUCUCCUUCGUGAUGACGAGCGAGAGCAGGCUAGAGACUCAGAUUGUUGACGACACCCCGUUAUGGCUUUGGGACAGUGAUAUC